UCACCUAAGUUAAGAGAAGAAGUUCCAAUCAAGCUAAAGAAGGACACAGCAACAGCUGUGCAGGAAAAGCGAUUUGUAAUAGAGUCAAAAACAACUUAUCAACUCAUUAACGAACGAAUUCCACUGUUAGAAGUAACCCAGAACUUUAGCACAUAUCUUUAAUUAUUACUCCUAAUUUAGAUAAUUUUUUAAGGUUCAGUUCACAACAGCUCACAUUUUUGUUAAAACGCGGUCGAUUUCUUUACGUUACACGUUUUAAACGUUAUUAAUUCAGUUAAUUCAGUUUUUCAAUAUGAAGGCAUGGUUCAGUUCCCAGUUAAAGUGGAUUAUGUGUUUUAUGCAUGGAUUUCAAGUUUCAGUGAUAUUCAGUUCUUCUUUGUUUAUGUUAUGGCCGCCGAUUUCAAUUUAGCUCGGUGUUAUUGGUUUGUAUAAAAUGUGUUUGAAAAUGCUUUGGUUAACAGAGAAGGAGAAAUUAAUAUUUUCUCCCAAUUGAAUUAAAACAGGCCAGACUCACAGUCAAUUGUCCCACUCAGCCUACAACAGCAGCAGCCCGCACCUGGUCUCGGUGGGAUCCCAGGCAUGUGUCAUUGUGCCGGACUCGCCAGCACUCUCGCACACCAGCAGCAGCAUCAACAGCAAAUACACACAAUCGGUGGGUCUUUCGGUGGAUCUCAACAACUCUGCGCCGGAGGAGGAGGACCAGGAGGAGGAUAUAUCGGGGGAAGUGGAUAUGGACUUGAUGGGAGCGGACCGAUCUAUCAUCAGCCGGGGGAGUAUUGUCCAGUCGCAGCUGCAGCAGCAGUUGCAACACAGUGCCACCCCAGUCCAUUAUAGCAAUACCAAUUAUUCGAUGUCUAAACAAUGUUUGCUUAAUUCGUCAACAACAAAUGCUUCGACAACGACCGAUGAAAAUACCGAUCAUAUUAUCUAUGCAGACAUUAACGAUUUAUGUCAUUAUAAAUAUCCAAAUUUAGCGUCUUCCAAGGGAAGUUCAACAACUGAAUCUACCCAGCAGAUUCCCAUUGAGAAUAAUCUCAGCCACACUUUCAAUGAGCGCGAUAUUUACGCAACUGUGAAUCGAAAGAAUAAAACCAAAGCUCGCGGGAAACACCUCAGCGAUGAAUUCAUUGAUGAGUCGAUAGUUCAGUACACUCUUUCCAAACGAAGCCUUAAUAUCCUUUCUGAUGGAGAAAGAAGUAACCGGGACUAUUACAUUAGUCCAUAUGCAUCGACUAUUCAUCACCCCUAUCAUAACGACCUAAAUCAUCCAAAGGAUUCAACUUCUGACUACUUCGCUCAAUCACUAACUCAAACUAAUCAUUAUCUAUCUCAUUCGCUUGAGUCGCAGAGUUCACAUUCUAUGAGCCGCACGACUCACUCCCUUCCUCGUAAUUCGGAGCUUUCAGGAGUUGAUUCGAUGGAUUCUUAUGACAGUCAUUAUCUAACGCAUCAAUCAAUGGGCAAUCUUCGCAAUCGAGGAGUCUUAGCGAAUGUGUCUGGCUAUAACCAAAUCUAUGCAAAUGUUGGCACAACAUUGCCGGCAGAUGACCGCAGCUCUUCAGUAUCACCUUUAGAUCGGCUUAAAAAUUCAUCAGAAAGGUUGGAAUUCGAGUUAUCCAAUAUAAACUUGUACUCUGCAAUCCAAUACAAGGAGGGCUACGAAGAGAAUGUUCUCUAUGACACGAUAGAGAACAGCAAAGAAACGUGGCUGAAAAGCACUUCGUGUAAGGACCUCUACGACUUCUCAUCUCUAGAAGGAGAAAAAUCAAAGCCUAUGACUGCUUUUGACCGUGAAUUUCUGGCUUUUAGUCGCAUUGAUUCGCCUGUCACACGUUAUGACGAUGCACGCCAUUCUAUGUAUAUGACAAAGAAUCAUUCAAUUGAAGCCACGCAGGACUUCAAUCCCCUUUGUGAUGCGAAAGUGUAUUCUUCCAGCUACCCAGGAAGCACAUACAACACUGUUGAUCACCAUAAACGAGUUUAUCCAAAUCAUCUUGAAUUCACGGGAUCUCAGGAUGACAUAUCUCACGAUAGUUAUGAACUCCUGGAGAAAUCAGAUAACGAAGGCUAUUAUGCAAAGCAAGCUAGAUCGUGUUCCCUUGAUUCGGGAAACUACAUUGCCAGCGAUGACGACAGCGUGACUGAAUUCGGCAAGUAUAGGUCGGCUUUGGACGUGAAGUGUAAGUCAGCUGUUGACAUAAUGAAUGAUAUUUGGGAUGUAGAAGAUCCUCGGUAUUUACCCAGAGAGAAAUUGUGCGUAAAAUCCGAUGGCAGUUUCUAUAAGCAAGUAAAAAAGGCAAUGGGAUCGCGUACUUCGAGCCAAGAGUCGAAAAGUGAUUUCUACGAGACCAAAAUUUCUCGUAGUUCGGAUUCGAGCAAAAAGUCCAGAGAUAGUCUUUAUCACACAGACAGUAAAAAAUCACGUGAUACUACCAAGUCUGGAUUGAACUCGCGAACUUCGAGCCAAGAGUCGAAGGAGUCAUUUGGCGAGUGCCUAACACGUAACUAUGAAAUGCCUAAAACGACCGGGAAAAAAAUCAAAAGUUUGACAAACAAAAAACCUUACGACAAAAGCUCCAGUCAGGAAUCAAAAAGUGAUUAUUACGAUGCGAAAAUGUCACUGCAAAGUUUAGACAAGUCGUUUGAAGCAGAGCCAGUCGAUAAUGAUGGACUAUUUGUCAGGCCAAAGGUAAAAAGUCAUGACAGUCUUCUUUCUGAGCUCAAAGCUGCUACGAAGAGUAAUUUCUAUGACAGUAUGGAUACUUAUUCUACUUUCCCUUCUAACAGAACUCACAAAACUUCCAAUGUUCAUUCUGUCAGCCUUCAAAAUGUUGAAAUCGAACGCAAUGCCAAGUCGUUUGGCUCUAUGAGUCGAUCGCCUGAUGCAGGCUCACCUCGCUCCACGAAAGAGAUGGAAGUUCAAACUUGGGAUAGUCCUGAUGUUGAUCAAAGUACUUUAGAUGCGCAAGCUGAGAAAAUGCGUGCUUUUCGUAGAAGAUCCGAUAGCGAGAACAUCUUUAGUUUCGAUCAAGACCGUAUUGAGUCUCUAACGGGUAGUACAACUGCGGCAGAGACCCCUCCCUGCACUGAGAAAAACAAACGAAGCCCGGAAUACCCGUUGACACCGGAACUUAUGUCUGAAUUUGAUAAGCAAGCACAUACGCCGACCUCGAAGAAGGUAACUCGAAAGGAAGAGUUGAUUGCGAAAACUCAUUUUGAGGAAUACAACCCGAAAUUACUAAUAGAUCCGAACAUGCAAUUGACUGGUCCUCUAGUUCCGCAUACUUACACUCAUCCAACAGUAGAACGCACAAAGAGUGAUCCUAAUUCUCUGGCAAAUCGCUCUCGGCUGGGAAAUAAUUCUCGUCGCCAUGUGCUUAUGCAUCAGAAAUCCAUUGAUUUAACUCCGGCCGAUUCAAGUGAUGAGGACUAUUUCUAUAAACAGAUUCCUAGUGCUCCACCGCUUUGCAAAACAUAUGGUAAUUUUGAGAUUCCAAAAAGCUAUGAUGUUCCCAUUACAGUGACUGAUAUCCCCAAAACUGGAUUUGAGAUGCCCAAAAGCUUCUUCCGUGAAUAUGAGAAACGUGUUUCGAAGACGCUCAAGGAUGAUAUCCCUUACGUACUUCAUAAAAGGCAUAUUAUGAAUGGAACUGCACCUUCUCCGCUCGAUGGAAAGAAGCAUCAAAAACCGAAGAGUCCAAAAUCUCCUAAGUCUCCAAAGUCUCCUAAAUCUCCCAAAAUUGAUACUAGACGAGAUGACCUACUUUCUGCAGAUAUCUUGCCAGAUAUUUUGGAUAAUUUACAGCCGGAAAAAAGUCAAGAAUUCCUGUUCACCCAAAAUAUCGACUUAUCUAAAGUUAAUCCAGUCACACUUGAAGUUGAUAAGUCCGUGCGGCCGGUCGAACUCUCAAGUCCAAAGCGAGAUAUUACGAAACUUAUGGAUCCCAAACUAAUGGAGAAACUUAACAAUAAAUUGAGCCAAAUUGAAAGCGAUUCUGCAACUAGUUCAAGGACGGAGAGCUUACAAAGAGAGCAACAGAAGAUUAAAUUAGAACAAAAACAAAGCGAAUUAAUUCAAAAUCUCAAGAAGGAAUUGGCCGUACCCUCCAAGCGCGUGACAAAACCUCGGAUAAUUCAAAAGAACCGGCAAAAUGUCAAGUCGAAAAAUAAGGGCAAGAUUCGAAUAACGUCUUUCUCUUCAGACGACGAGAGUCUCGAUUCCGAUGAUGUUUUUGGAUCGGCUGAAGCUAUCCCAUCUCAUUUGGAAUUUUCUCCGCCCCAAUCUAGAAAAGAAAUUGAGCCAAUUUUGAAAAUUGAACACAGUAAGAUUAUGUCUGCAGCAUGGGGACGUGGACAAACCAUGAGCUCCACUGAGAUUGAAGGUUCUCCUCCGCAAUGCCGACGUCUUGCUGAUCUUGAGAGCCGAUAUCAUACUCAAAAGCUGGAUCCUCCAUAUGCUAAUGCCACUGAACUUCGUAGAAUUUCUGAAAGGUCUAUUUCGAUACCAAGUUCCGAAGAUGAAGGAAAUUUUUUAAAUAAGAAGCGAUUAGAAGAAUGUACGGGUGACUAUCAAAAAACUGAGAACAUUCCGUCUCCCAUCCUGGAGUCUGUAGAACUGUUUCGAACGGACGACGAUGCCUAUGAGACCUGUCAUGAAGAUAAAAUAUCGGAUUCCGACAUUGCAUAUAUUUUGAAGAAGAAUGAAAAAAAAGAUGCCACUAAAAGCGAACUCUCGAAGGCUAAGGCGAAGCUGAUCGAAGAUCUUAUAGACUCCUCCCUUAUCAUGAGAUCAAAGGGUCACGCUCCUAUUCUUUUCGCACAUGCGCGUCUAAAUCUUUCAGAGGGAUCAGCAUUUGCAUCUCUGCAAAGACAAAAGGCUACUCAAGAAUCACCUACUUCAGGGCGACGUGCCAAGAGUCUUGAUACCCCUGUCAUUUCACUUAACAAGCUCCCGCCUAUGAAUGCUUUCUCCUCGAAAGAUGAUACAGUUGGUUUCGAGGAAGAAGAAGGCGAGAUUUUGGAAGAAAAGCUGUUGAGUCGGGAAGACACAAUGGAGGAAGAGAAAGCUGAUAGUGUGCAAUCGUGUGCUGGAUCGAUUCCGUCAGGGAAUAAUAUCAGCAGCAGAUCGCGAAGUAGUGCGUUAAUUCAUACUAUUUUUAUUGACAAGGAAGAACAAUCUUUACUUAACCAGUUGCAGUUUAUUGAGAAGAUCACUCUUCAAAGCGUGAAGAUUAAAGAAAAAAAGAAAUCAAAAAUGAAGCUGAAAAGUGGGGAUCAUUUAAUUUUGGACAUUCCACGGUAUAAACUUGAUCGUUCACCUUUCAGUUCAGCAAACAGUUCACGAAAAACGUCGCCCGGGGUGAGCAGGGCUAGCAGUAUUGAAAGCACUAAGGGACGAAUUAGAUCAAGCUCCAAAGAUAGUGGCAGAAUCACUUCUAAAUCAGCUGAAAAACUGUUCAAGGAAGAUGCCAGACUCGCAAAAAAAGAUGCAAUAAAGAAAAAUGGUUCCAAAGAUCGACCUAAAUCUCUUGAAAAGGAACCAAGAAAAACAUUAAGUAAAGACAAAAGUAAGUCCCAAGAAGAAACUGAGCUAGAUAUAGCUAAGCGCAAAGAACGACAACAGAAACUGUACGAAUCAGCGAUGAAGCAGACGAUAACAAUGUUGAGCCCAGUAAAAGAUCAACUUCCGCCAUUUCCUGCUCCGGAGGAUAAAAUUUCUGUGAAAACCGAAGGAGAUAAGAUCAUCAUUGAAACAGAUUUCAAGAGUAAAGCUGAGGAUCACGUUUUAAUAGCCAAAUCUCCACGAAAACUUGAUUGUUCUCUUGUGAAAUUUAGUCGAAGUUUUGAAGAAGGACGCAGUCAAGAAAAACUCGAAAAGGCAAAUCGAAGUUUUGAAGACCGGAACAAAUCAUUCGAGGAAGGUGAUAAGAGUGAUAUAGGUGAAGAGAUGAUAAUCAAGUCACCACGGAAAAUUGCAAAAAGUCAGGAACUUAAGCAGAAAAUCGAAGGAUCUGUGGUGCAUAAGAAGUUCGAAGGAAAAUCGAAAAGUCUAGAGAAAAAACCGGAUCAUCAAUAUUUAGGUCCUGAAGUGAAGACUCGAAGUCUAGAUAGAAACUAUGAAGAAUCGAAAGGGAAGCCACCUCAACAAGCAUUAGAAUCUUCAGAACGGGCAGCCAAAUCUCACAUGGCAAAGGAAGAUCAUAACAAGCUUGCUCAGUGCCAGUCGUUAGAUGAGAAAAAAACUCAACAGCAUUCUAAGCAUGCAGGGCACGACCGGAGAACGUACUCCCAGCCGGAACAAGUGGUCGAGGAAAUUGAUAUGCAAGCUGUGAUUUGUGAGCGUAGAUCUUUGGAUUUGCUAAAACGACAGUCACUUUCAUCUGUAGAAGCAAAAGAAUCCGAAUCAGAAGUCCCUAGUAGGAAACAUUCUAGAGGAGAUAGUGGAGAUGAAUCGCUAACUUCGGUAAGUGAUACAAAACCUGAGAGAAAUGAAUACGGACACAGAGUACCAACAAUAGAGUGUGAAGAACCGUCACUUGAAGAAGAUGAUUUAUCUAGUGAACAGAAACACUUGAAGGUUAGUCAGGAUGCCCAUCGUUUGAGCCUGGAACGCAGCCGCAGUGAUGAAACUACGUCAUGGAUUACAGUAGAGUGUGAGGAGUACAUUGGAUCUGACACAUCUGAAAAUGAACAGAAAGGAUUGGAACAGCAAGGAACUUUGGACGAUAUGAACGUCGAUAUGAAUUUUAUGGGCUCAGGAUCUAUAACUCCAACUUCAGAUAUGAACAUCAUAGUAACACCACCAGAUGCCAUAAGUCCCCAAAUGGAGCGUUUUCCAUUAGAAUCUUUCAUUCCACCUCCUAUUAAGGAGGCGCCACCAUUGCCACCGCCUCCCCCACAGGAAGAGGAACAACAGGAAGAAGUAGUAAAGAAGGAAUUUGGGAAACGUGGUAGUGAUAAAUCUAAGAGCUCUGAUAGUUCGUGGACAAGUGGCGAAAAGGAACCUAGUCCAGCGCAAGAAGCAGAACGAAUGAACCGACAAGACUGGAGCCUGUCAGUAAGUGGAAAAGAAAAAAGUUCAUUAGAUGAGGAAUCAAGCGUCAGUUGCUCGAUUGCCCGUCCACUUGGUAUAUCUCAAGAUUUUGGUGAUUUAGAAGAGAAAAAAUGCUUGGAGCUGAAAGAACAAAUGAUGAAACUUGACCUAGAGCAAACAGAGCAAAAACAGGAAUCAGUUAAAUCUCCGAUUCGUAAAACUUCAACUCCAACUUUAGAGAAACAAUGUCCAAUUGAUUUGGGGUCAGGUUCUGAGCUAGACCAAGGACCAGAACCUGAUGAGCAAAUUCCGAAGCCAGCACAUCGUCGAGAUGACAGUGAAUCAAGCUCAGGAGGAUCAGCUCAGAAUAUUCCGAGAAUUGUAAAACCAGCAAGAACCGGCGGAGCUCAUAAAAAGCUUUGUCGAAGUACUCCUCACGAGACCGGCGACAAAUUAUUGAAAACAUCAAACGGAAGUUCUUUAGAAUCAAAGUCUAGUUUGGAGUCCAAGGGGUCGCUAAGUGUUGAAAGCCGUGGUUCCUUUGAAACGGAAAGUAGUUCAGGGUCUUUGGGAGCUGCACAGAGGCGUGGGGAACUAAUUCAAAAAGAACAACAAACCACAUGGAAACCUUUCCCUAUUGAAAGUUCAGGUAGUUCUAGUUUAGAUGAGAAUUGGCAGCUUCCAGAACAGGAGAGCUAUGAGACAUAUGAGGCUCCAUCAAUACCGAAAGAUUCAUCUGACAGUGAUGCAAAUAAAGUAUCACCAGAUGAGCAGAAGGAAAGCGACUCGAGUUUCCAAGAUGAAUUGAAUGAUUUUCCAACAACGUUCGGCUAUCCUUCAAUGACGAGUAGCAUAGGUGGUAUAGGAAUUAAUCCUACUGAUAUUUUAGGGUAUAGCUCGGGUUUCAUGCUGGGCAGAACUUUAUCGAGAAUAUCUGAACGCAGUACCAAUUCGGAGAAAUCGAGCAUGGAGGAUGAUAUUAGCAAGGCCUCAACACACUCAGCUAGCAUGCGAGAUGAAUCUGCCGCAUCCACGGAUCACCAAGCAAGUCUGAGCUCCGAUUCUAGAAGCAAUACCAAUCUAGCAUAUAUCUCUGAUGCAGAUCGGCGGACGUCGGCCGAAAUGCCUGAAAUACCUUGCGAUUCGGCAACUGGCGAAAGAUUAUCAUUGAUCCAAAGCGAACCCAAGUCACCAACAGUUAUAACAGGACGAUUUUCUGUAACCCAAGUAUGCGAAAAGCGAGUCGAAGUUGAGGAAGUGGAAAAGCCUACAUUACUUUGUCUCUCCAAUGCAGGGAGCCAAGAUUCCGAAGACUGGCCCUUACCAGAUAUCCCUUAUGAUCACGUGCCUGUUCAUGAACAACCUAUUGAAUAUGCAUUUCCGGAUCCAGACAAACCUGUUCCAAAGCGGUUCUGUUGGAAGGGAAGUCAGUCGUUUCAAUCACAGGAUUCUGUUGAAUGGCCUUCACCUCCGUCAAGUGCUAUUGAUCUUCCUGUAGUGGAGAAGGUUGAAACUUUCUAUGUGAGUGAACCGCAAAGCGCUAGCCAGGUAAUGAUUGAUUCAUUUACAUUGACGGAUGAUGCACCGAGCGACGCCCACGAUGAUAAGAUGCCUGAAGAGGCAGCUGAGUUGCCUGCCUCUGGUGUUAAAGAAAGUCCAUUGUGUUUACCGUAUGAAGAUACCGCGUAUUUGAUGUCAACGAACCAAGGAGACAAUCGGUACGAGCCUACGACUUGCUUGAGCACGGCAACUUGUCUGUCAGCGCCGUUCGAUGUUACCUGUUGUGCUACGAGUAAAGCUAUACAAAGUCAAAGCAUCAUAAAAGAAGCUAGUCCUGAUACAGUGAUCAUAUCGCAACCGACUCGUUCUCCACAUAGUCCACUUUCUGAGGAAGAUGUGUUUUCUAAUGAUGAUGUAUUUUGUCCCGGUACUGUGAAAAUUGAAAUCUCUCCAGACGAUGCCAAGACUACAGAUAUUGUUCAGAAGUUUUCACGCGGUUCUAAUAAUUCCGAUACGUCCAUUGACGAUAUUUUAUCUGCUUCUUGUGGAACAUAUGUGGAAGACACAGUUGUUCGCAGGAAUUUCGAGCACAGAUUAAGCACUGGCUCUUGCAAAAUGUGCAGCCAUUCAAGUCAUUCGGAGGAAGAAACAAGCUCACUUGGGACGGAUCUAGAUGGAACUGUUCGAAUGGGUCUCCAGCAGAAGAAAUGUACUCAUAGCUCUCACUCCGAGGAUACUUCCAUUGGACUUAGUAUAUCAGAAUGGUCGACAGGAACGAAUACAGUUCGGCAAUAUGCUAACCUUUCUGGAUCUGAUAGUCUGUCGGCGGUAUCGAAUCAUUCCGGUGGUGCACGAAGUGAAAAAUCUAACCAUACGAAAUCUAGUAUGAGUUCUAUUAAUAAAUCAACGGAAAGUUUGAAUGAUAGAAGCACCAGUUUUUCAAGUAGCAAGAAUAAGUUUUCUGGUGAGAAUGGGUCUUCAGAUGGUCUUCGGUAUGAAGUUCUUUCAAAUUCGGACACUGAUAAGCUUACAGAAUCGGGAACUAAGAGCGAUGAUACUACCUUAACUCUUACGGAAAUGGCUCAGACUAUCACUGAAUGGUCAACUUCAAGUAGUAGAACUCUAGUUGCAGCUGCGGAAUCAUCACAACCAGCUGAACUUAGAUCUUCUAAGCGAGGUUCUUCGAUCGAAUACAUUCCACUCAAGCAAUCGCGAAGUGGAGCUAGUACAUCGAAGAAACAGUCUCCAAGUGAUGAAAGUCUACCGGCUGUUCAUAAGAAGCCCGCGGUUUCAGAGGGAAAAGUUCACGCUUCCUCUUCAUCUCAAGCUUCCGUUCCAUCAAAGUCUACGGAGCGACCAGUGAAAAUUCCCCCUCCUCGUAUAGUCAAUAUGGAGGAGAAAAAGGUAAAAGGUUUGCCUGAAGACGCGGCGAAGAAGCGACGAUCUUUAGAGCUAAUGUCCCAACGUUAUCAGAGUCAAGAUAUUUCAUCAGAAGGCGAAUCAUUCGUAGAGAAAUUAUAUGGUCAAAGUGAUAAGUUAACCGAGCGUUACCAAAGCCAGGAGUUUGCUCCAUAUAGUCAUACUGUGUCUCAAGUUCACCCAAUGCCUACUGUACGCGAUACGGAACAUCAUGAGAGACCUUUAGUUAAACAUCACAGUUACGACGAUAAGACACUUUCUAAAUCACAAAUUCGAGAGUAUAAAUCAAACAAGCUACGACAAUCUCAGUCGUUCCACGAGCAUCUUCUAAGCUCAUCGACUGAUUUCCCCAAGAUAGAAGAGGAAUACGUGGAAAGCUCUUCAGCGACAACGACGGCAACUCAAAACAGCGAAACUACAACGAGCACAGAUAAUUCGUCUCCGAUGCCCCAACGUCCCGAAAAGUUAAUUAAAUGUUCCCCAUACUAUUCGAGUAGUUUAAGUUCCGAGUCUCCGCCGAUACAGGUGGUGCAGAAACCACCAAGAAAAUCUUCAAUUACGAAAGCUUCUGUUAAAAGUCCACCAAGCGGAAAUGAUACCGACAGCUCGUUGGAUUUCAGAAAACAAGAUCCUAAACUCAGAAGUCGAGGCUACAGGAAGAAGCGUCAAGUGCCCACGAAAAAGGUUCGAUCUGAACGUGUCCUUAUUGAACAGGAAAGUUCGGAAUGCUCUGAAGGAUAUUUCCCAGAAAUCGAUUCGGGGAGUUCAGAUAUUUCAAAAGGUCACGAUGAAAAUAAAUACCCAGAUUUUGAUGAGGAACAAGAACAGGCUACGGAUGAAUACGAGGAUAAUAAAUAUCAUCCAUAUCCGAGUACUUCGUAUUCUGGAGGAUUUGAAAGCCUCGAUAUGUCGGACAAUGUGGACGAAAUGGGCUUCCCACGUUACGACCGCUUGAGUCACAUAACGAAUCCAAUGUACAAGCCAGAAAUUCCCGUGCAGCCAGUGAAACCACAACGACAGAAGAAGCGUCAACUGAAGCGGGAGGAAACAAUGACGGGACAAGAAACCUUUGAGAUGGAAUAUCAGGGUGUUCAAUAUACUCCGGACGAAAGCGGCCCCGAGUCGAAGGGAGGUCUUUCCGAUGAUGUGUAUAACUCGAGUGAAGACAGCUUUGUAGCGGGGAUUAACAUGAGGCAAUAUACUGCCUUUAGUCAGUAUAGGCAACAGGAUUUAGAGCUUCCUUAUCCAGAUUUUCUUUCGGAUUAUGAAAAUGCUCAAGAGUCUGAUAAAGAUGAAGGGGAGGGAUGUAGUGGCCAACAUAUGAUUCCGCCAAGGAAAUUUCAAAACGAUUCAGACAUGGGGAGUGAUAAUUAGAGGCGAACUACAGUAUCCUAAGGAGAGGAAGUGAUCCAAUGUUUGGAUCAUUUGAUCAUUUGUCGACUGAAUUCUUUUUAAACUAGGAAAGUGAAGAAAGUUCACCUCAAUUGAAUCUUAAUGAGGUUAGAGUAUCCAAUUUCUUAUGUAAACGCGAUUUCCCCCCUUUUUAAUGCUAAAAUUUAUUUCUACUUAAUUGCACGUUCGCUGGAGAUGAGUACUUUGCCUAGUUUCUGCUUUUUUAUAGUAGUUCGAGCCCAUAUUCGUUGAGUUCAGAAGGAUAUUCAUCCCACACAUAGUUACGAAGUGCGACAGAUGAAAGUGUUAUAUUCUUCUUAGAUUUUCUUUGUUCAUCUUUCAAAUUGAUUAUAUGACCCUUAAAGACUGAGAAAAUUAUUAGAUGCGACAUGAUUCCCUUUUGGCUAAACAGCCCUAAGUAUAUCGAUUUUUAAAAAAGCCAAACGACGUUUUAACCCUAGCUGUAGUUCGUAAGAAAUUACAAUUGUGUCAAAGAUUCUUUUAAGUAAAUCCCAAAUGCAAUUACAUGUCUGAUGAUAUAUGAAUAGGAUAAUAAUUGUCGAAGCAAACAUUGAUUAGACAUCGAAAAACUUUUAUUUAGCAAUUAGAAAAAAAUGUAUUUAUCUCAUGUAAGCGUACGGUUCGAUGACUGAGCACUAUUUUCAACUCGUGAUUGUAAUAUUUAGAUGGAUGACGGAAAAUGUUUUUUCCUCCAUUUGUCAAUAAAAAGGACGCGGCGGAAGCUGUUCCUCACAGAAAUUUGAGUUCUUCAGAAUCAUCUUUCAAUCCUUGAGGGUGAGAUAUAUGAUAAAUGAAUGUGCCAAAUAAUUGGGAAAUUAAGUUGCCAACGACACAUUUACUUUAAAAAGGCCAAUUUAUACACGCAUUAGAGAGGCAUUUCAGAAACCAAACGAAAUUAUAUCUACUAUUGUUAGAAUAAUCAUUGAAGAUUUGUUACUAUUAUCUUAUAGUAUGAAAGCGUUUUACUUUGUUAAAAAUGUUUUACAUACUUUACAUUGUUUAUAUAAAAUGUCAUCACUUUAUGAUACGAUGUUUAAUAUAACAUAGGUAAUAUUCAUACAAUAUUUGGAUAAGAAAAUAUUUCUUAGAGAUGGAAGUGCAGUUGUAGUUUAGUGUUUCCAAGUUAAUAUCGGAAGUGGGAGCUUAAUCCAGAGUUACCUAAAACCAAAUUCUAUUUCUUGUUUUCAUUCCUUUUGCUCCAGACUUCAUAUACUACUGCUUUCAAAAAUUAAGGUGCAUUUUGUUAUAAAAAGAAAAGUAUUUAUUCAUCCAAAUCAAUUUCAUUCCCUUUAUAGUAGCCCUGUGGGGUUGGAUGGUGAAAUUCUGAUUAGGAUAAACCACACUUUAAUCUCGAAACAGCCGUUAGGCCGUGUUCGCCUUCCUUAAAUUUUCGCUUCCAGUGCCUGUGGUGCUGAGCAUCCAAUCUCUACAGUACUCCCUCCGUAGUGAUGACGUCCAUCACGAUAACAACGUCAAGCUGGAGGAUAAACUCACAGGUUAAACGGGUGGCCCUAUGCAGGCCACAUAAGCUCCCAUUAGAACGCGACGCUGUUCGGCUAUACACGGGUACAGUCAACUGUGAUGACUGGAUUGCAAUUGGAACCUCGACUGCUAUUGCAAAGACUACAUGCCGUCACACUGCUGCCCGACGAGUUCGAUGGUGCACAGGGUCAGCCUGUUGGACUCCAGGAGUAGCUGCAAAAAAACCCGGAGCCUGAUCUGACUAUGGACUGGACUGAGAAUCCUGCGACAUUACACGAGCCUGGGACAAUCCAGCGAGCUGACUCGCGCCGACAAGAGAUAAUGAUGAUUUGAACGAUAUCGUGGAUGAAUCAUUCUGAUUAGCUACGAGGAACGCUGGUUUUAGUCUCUCAGUCGGCACAUUCACCUGCUUUUUAUUCAUUUCAACCAUGUAGACUGCAGUUGAUAAUCUUGUAACGACACGCUGCGGAACGGUAUAUGGCUAAAUCAAAAAAAUUUUAAGGGUGUCGGCACGCACGAAAACGUACAAGAGCCGAGGCCUACAUGCACGAACUACAUUCUGCUACCGCGAUGGUCAAUUAAGGGUAGACAAAGUUCUCGCAUGUGCUCCUGGAACUCACAAUGACUGGUAUUGUCGCUACUGUCGACAAACCACUCAGUAGGUAACCAGAACCGAAUACUAACUUGCAGGCAACGCACCCAGGUCUUCAACACUAUUUCGUAGUUCAAGCAACACGAUAGGUAACAGCUGGACUCAGUUUGCUUUGUCUUCAUGGCACAUCAUAGACAGUCCUAUUAAGCAUGGUGAUGAACAAGCUCCAGGACGCGAAUGUCGAUGAAAAGCUCGUCUCCUCAUUAACUCUAACUAAAUUCUAAGGAUGAGGUUCCGCUAACCACCAGCUGAUGCUUCCAAGCUAACCUUUUCGGAUCGAAAUCCAUCGCCAGAGAUAUCUCCUUCACCCGAGAUAAUAUGUCUGCAAUGAUGUUCUUCUGCAUGGCUAUGUACUCAAUUUGCGUCGAAAACUGCGAAAUAUAACUAGCGAGCAGUUGAUUAUUUCUGUUUUUGAAAGGACGCAAAAAUCAGCUGAUUGUGGUCCGUUUUGAUCGAAUAAGUGCUGGAAAUGCUGAAUGCUGCUACGCAUUCGUACGUGCUGUAGUUUUUCUCGGCUUUUGCUAACUUUCAUUGAAAAUAGGCGAGCUGUAACCAGCGGUCGCCAAGCUUUUGCUCGAGUACGUCUCCGACCGCCACAUUGGACGUAUCAGUAAUCACGGCUAAAGCUCAAUUUGGCUCAUUGUAGAUUAGCAACGUAGCGCUAGUCCUGCUUUCGUGACAUUCGUCGUGAAGGUGGAGUCAAUUGAUCGCCUCGUUGUCUUUUUUCGACGGUCUGUGCAGUAGGGGCUGUAGAUUCGCAGCAUUUGGAAUAAAACGACGAUAGAAAUGCUCCGAGGAAUCUUCGGAGCUCCUUGACCGUAACUCGUCGCGAAAAAUUACAAAACGCGUCUACCCGCGACGCCGAUGGCGCAACACCGUCCUUGUUACUAGUGCAACCGAGGAAGUCCACUUCCUAAACACCUAAAAUACACUCCGCGGCAUUAAUCACGAGAUCACGGCUGUUAAGUUGCUAAAAUCUAUUUAUUGACUAGCCCCACGAGAAGGUCCAAGAAAUCACAUGCAGGCGCACAGGGCCGCCAGGAGCAAUUCUUUUUAGGAACCAGAUGAAGCAGGCUCGAUCAAAGGGUGUUUGAUCGACGGAAUGGCCCAUUUUCAGUAGGUACUCCAACUCUAAUUCACCGCGGCUAAUUUCUCGACGAGCUUCUUCGUGGCAAAUGUUGCCAUUACAUAAGCCACCCGUAAUCCUUUGGGUGAUUUGCCGGUAGACAGAUUGAUCGCGCAAUGAUGCCGAUCAGUAACCCAAAAUGACGGAUAGAAUCGGCACCGAUAAUAGGCUAGGCAAGGAAGGAAGGACACUUAAAUAUUUAAAUAUACGUAUUUUGUAAGUCGGCCAUUGUUUAUCCGCACGUACUGUAUUGUCUAUCUGCCCACUGUCUGAUACAGACUGUUUGAUGUCUAAGAGAAAUUCAGACAUUUGUCUGAUACAGAAACGCUUCACACUUCACUUGUGUAAAUGCGAACAUAAUCACUUAUUCGAAUACGAAUAUAUAUUAUUCAUAUCGUAUUUACGAAUACAAAUAUGCCCAACACUGAGGCUAGGACAGGAGGAGUUUUCAAGGCAGAUUCCAUUGGAAGUCAAAAUUUACCGAUAGCAACUUAAUUUUCGGACCAUUCACUACGUAAAGUUCAUAGGCCGAUAGUUUAGUGUCCCUGGCUUUAUGUCUUCGGAAAACCAUGGAAAUAGCGCAUCCAAUUAAGAGGGUGACUUGGGGUGUUUAAUAGCUGCGCUGGGAAUCGUGCAUACUUUGCAUACUUUAUCUGCUACCUCUGCUAACUGUGAGAUGUCCAUAAUCUUCGACACGCUUAAGCUUUUCCGAAUGUCUUCGGCCACACGUCGUAGCCAAAACGAUUUUAGGAACUGCUCCGACACCCUAGAUACAUUCCUCACCCGCAAUUUGCGCAAAAUUUGAAAAUUCAAUUGAUCAUCGAGUUUGGGCCAAGCAAACGUUCCUUCAACUCCAUUUUCUCCGGUACUACAAACGCGCUAAUCAAAUGAUCUUUUAAUCCCUAAAAUUUGGACGAACUCGAAAACAACUUGAUCGAAUUAAGUCAUGUCACUCGAGCUUCAAUUUUUCCGCAAUUGUGUCUCGACUCUUGCGAACAAAAUCUUUAGUCUAAUGACCAAAAUGGUAGUAGCUUAAAAACUACGAUAGUGUCUAUUGCCAUAUGCAACUGCACGUCGCUCCCUUCCACGGCAUCCACGAAACUCUCGUUGUCCAAAGACAUGCCUUAAUGCGGACAGCUAAUCGAAACAGGUGUUAACUACGUGAAAAGAAACGGUGCUAUGGACACGCGUAGCCCAGCCCAGCGAAUUGUGUCGCAGGCAGGUGUCAUCAAUUGUGAGAUUCGAUGGAGAAAUUCUGAUUAGGAUAAACCACAGUAGUUCUAGGGCUUAGGAGUUGAUAUUGGACCGAACCAAUUGAGAAGAAAUUUCUUCCAUAUUUGUGAUCCACGGGCCCCUCUUUUUGAGCUAAAUAUCUAAACUUUCAAAAGAAUGGCUGACUUUUUCGUUCAGUGCUCUAUUCCGAAUUGAUCCGGUCUGACAUCAACUAGUGCUGGAAAAAUGAUUUACCGGUUUACAUUGCCCAUCUUGCUCUAUUUUCCCAGCAUACACCUUUUACUAGUUGUCAAACUUCCCUUUUUGCCCCUUGUGGGGCUUGUGGGUAGUCAGGACGUGGGCAGGAUCCAGGGAAAUUAAUUCGGAGAAACAGAUGUAUCUUGUUUUCCUUAUUCUCGGCAAUGUCCCAUUUUUCUUCUUCAAGAAGACAGAAGAUAUUGCCCUGUGUUUGACUAGAGUUUUGUAUAGCCUGGAUAUUCCUUGGCUGCUAUACGUUGUCAGGGCUUUUUUAUACCACGGUCAGUUACCAAUUUGUUUCCCCUGAUUGAAAAGUUUUCGGAUCACCGCUCUUAUGCUGGCUUGAUUUCUGUUUCCCAUUGGUACGUUUCUUAAAGACAUGACUGUGUUAGUUGGACAGCUGGCUUCAUAUACGUCAAUGACGACUCUGAUGAGGUCUUCUUCCACUGAUGUUACCGGCCGCCCGUAGAUGUCCCGUGUGAUAGUCCACAACAAGAAAAAAUAGGAGUGGUGAGAGGGCGUUUCCUUGAUGAACAGUGACAGAGACACCACUACACUCCGAACUUUACUUUUGGUAUCACUGUAGAGCAAUUUAACUCAUCGCACGAGUUCUUCUGGCACUAGGUAUUGCUGCAGAGUAUACCAGAAGAGUUAAUGUGACACAAGGUGAGAGGCCUCACGGUUUCUUCAUGAGUAACCGUGCGGCGCAUAUUGCGUCAGAAUUCCAACGAUACCCCGUAUACGGUUGUCAACAAUGCAUUCACAAAUCUUGAUGGUAUGGGACAGCAACCGGAUCUCUGCUGCUGGAAUAUCUUUCCUUUUCACAUUAGAACAGUUGCACUUUCUUGCCAGUCAGAUGGUUUUCUACUUUCCCUAACAGCCCGUUUGAAGAACUCAUUGAGUCACAGUGCUGGAUCCCUGCUCUUUGCUUAAAUAUAAUCAGGUCCUGUUGUUUCCCCCGAUUUCAAUCAUUUGGUUGCUUCCUCGAAUUCAGUAGCGCUGAUGUGUGGAAUUGCGCAAAAUGUCUUAAAUUAAAAUCUGCUGGGAAUAUUCUCGCAAUCUACCCGUGUGUUGUAUGUGCGUUGGUCGAGGGUCCAGCUUGCCGUAAAGAUCUUUGUAAUGGAUAUCGCUUUCGUUGCUUCCCGAAUGGCAUUCUUGCAAUUUUGCCAACUAGCUAGUGUUUUAGCGUUGGGAAACUUAUGGUAGAGGCGUUUCUUUUCACGGACCUUCAUUUCGACAUUGUCAUUCCGAAACCAAGUGUCAAGAUUAAUGAACCGCUUAAUUGGCUUGGUGACCCCUAGGUUUGCAUAGGCCGUUUUGUGGACCCUGUUUUUAACUUGGCUACUCGAUUCUUCGUCAUUCAUAAUGGUUGCUAAUCGUAUAAGAUAAGAUCAUUUCUUCGGUUUUUUACGAGAAACCGCCACCAUUUAAUAAGCGGUCGGUCAGUGUUUUAUCGGUGACUUGAUACGUAAGACAACAAUCAACGUUGGUCGUUGAGGUGCGAUGGUCUCAUAGGGAACAGCUUUGCAGUCUGUGACGGUGAUAAAAUCUCACCGUCUCACGAGGAUAUAGUCGAUUCGCGCUUUAUACUGUACCCACCAUAACAUGUAGAAAAAUGAGACAAUCAUUUGAUUGACCAUGUAUUCACAAGUGUAAGGUCAUGAGGGUCUGCAAAAUUGACUGACUUCCCAGGCAGCAUCAAAAAUCUAACCUCGGGGCCGACAGGUGCAUACAGCAUGGGAUGCAAAGUAAUAUUACUGGAAAGAGCGAAAUGGCCUGCGCGGAAUAUAUAACAUGCUUUGCUUGCCUAGCACUCGCUUAUAUUCCAAUUAACUGGCAUGAUGUGAAGUUAAUAUUUAUUCCCAAAUCAGGAAAACCCAUCUACACACAGGCAAAAAGCUUCCGAUCAAUCAGUCUAACUUCCUUUCUGCUCAAAGGACUAGAAAGACAAGUAGCUCGGUUCAUAGGGGAUACACACAUUCCUAAGCGACCACUUCACUAUAGGCAACAAGCCUACCAGAAAAGCAAGUCCGCAGAGACAGCACUCCAUGAGCUAACGGCUAAAAUUAAGAUGGCAGCAUGUAACACUGAACUUUCGCUUCGGCCUAGUUUGGGUCUGAAUAUAAAAGCGGAUUUCACUUGGAUAUAAUUCGCAAUCAUGUGGUGUUUGCGAUUAGACAUAAAUGAGCGAUUACCACCUGCUACCUUACGCUACUUUGGUCAACCAGCCAGGAUAGAAGUGAGACAGCGUCUGAUGAGUUGCCUUUGCCCUGAACGAACACGUCAGUCAUUCUUUUGAAUUGCAUCUUACGUUUUUUAUUACACUAUAUCUUUAGGGCACAAUCGCGUGCCAUUUUUAAGGUUUUGUGUAACACAAAACCUUAUUAAAAUCGGUUUACUGUCUGUCUGUCAUACGCAUUUUUCUCGGAAACGGUUAUAGCGAUGGAUACCAAAUUUGGUGGGAAA